AUGGCGUCCACCUCUACAUUCACCUACAACGAUGGACUCUACGUACCAUGGACGUCGCCCGCCAGCAACACCCCCGCUCCGGCCAUGACAACCGCCCCUGCUGCUAGCGCCACACCGAGGUGGAGCCCGACUACGACCGAGGACGUGGAUCAUACCACUACUCAGGCUUUUGUGGAACAGAGUACGGCCGCUGCGGCGACGACGACCCAGUGGCAGGCUCAGACGACUUCGGCCGCCGCCGUCGUCCCGACGACCCAGGCUCCCGCCACGUCGGCCGAGGCGACAACACCUCCCCCCGCUAGUGAGGCUGCUGCCACGAUCACCACCACACCUCUAUCGACGAGUAAAGGUACGAUAAGCCGAUCCAUCAUGGUCGUUGGAACACCCAUGGCGACGGCGACGGCGACGAUCGGCGCAGCGUCCCAGGAUUCCUCUUCGACGACGCACGAGGCUGGCUUCAAGAAGAUUUACCUCAUCCUCUUGCUCUUGCUUGUGCCUUUGAUCAUCAUCGCGACGAUCGUGAUCAUCCGUCGACGACGGCGUCAACGUCGACAUGCUCGAGGUGAUCCGUACGACGAAGAAGGCGGUCUCGUCGUCGGCGGCAAAUUCGUAGGUGACGACGACUAUUCCGAAAAGAGCUCGAUCGCGACCGUGCAGCGUCGCUCGUCCAAGUGGUCCUUCAUUCGACAGUCGUGGGGAAGAGGGUCGCGAAGAAGGGAUGAUGCGAUGUCUGAGAUCUCUGAAAUCUCUGAAGGGCCGUCGCUGCCGUUCCGAGCCGUGUCGUACUCGUCCGUUCAUGGCGGUGGAAAUGGAGGGCCGGAAGACCGACCAUUCCAACCCCCGAUGGAGGACAGGGCCAUCGAUUUCAACCGCUUCUUCAACACUCUACCUCGAGUAGAUGAACGUGACAUCGAAUCGGGCAACUUGCCCAAUGGUCGAUGGGAAGCACCGAGUGGACUCGGAGCAGCGGCUGGCACCGCUCUUGACGCUGGCAAGCGCAUGCUCGGUGGAUGGGGAUGGUCGAGCAAGUCACGCCGACUCGAGCUCGUCUCUCCACGUCUCGACGGGUCAACCAAUACGCGAAGUUCGAUGCGCAUCCCUUCCCCUUCGAUUUACUCGCCCAAUCCGGAUCAGAGCGGGCCGUACGCCGGACUGCAAGGCAUCGACGAGGACGAUCACGUCGAUCUGGAUGCUUACCUCGGUGAAUCUCGCGUUGGCGACUCGUCGCUUGCGAGUCGAUACCUCGACGACCCCGAAAGCGUUCCAGUAAAGGAAGACUAUCGCUUGCCUCUCUCGCCAAAGGGUCCCAAACCGAUGCCUCGCCCCGGAAUGGUCGUCGUCGAUCUUCCCGCUGCGCCGAGCAGGACCUUCAUGUCACCAACCAAGAAGUCAGGAAUUCUUCCCGCGACGGAUCCAGGAACGCCACCCCCGAAUGCGGGUUUACUGUUCAAGUACGACUCGCCUUCAGCGACUCCUGUUCGUCAUAGUAUUCCUACACCUUCGUCGCCUCGCCCUCCGCUUCCAACGCCACCAACGACGAGCACUCGCACUUUCCCCGAACCGCACGCGUUCCACUCCAAGGCGGUCAACCUGGGUGUGGUCUAUGAUCCACCGGUCGCGCACAACUUCAAACCUCUAGCACCCGCAACCCAUCGCGCCCACGGUUCUCCUCGACAGCUCCCCAAGAAACCCUCGCGCGAUCUCUUUGCGCAGGCCAUGCCGGAACCUGAACCGAUCGUCGUGACGAGUGGAACGAUGCGCGUGAGGAAGAAGCAACCCCUACCGGAAAUCACCUCGUCCCCGAUCAUCGAGUUUGGCGACUCGUCGACGCUCGAACCUUUACGCCAUCCGAGUAAAGUCAAGAACGCCAUUUAUGACCUCGAGAAACGUACGAAGGAAACGACGACGAUGAUGAUGAUGACGAGUCCGACCAAGGUCGAUUUGAUGGGUCAUCAUUCGCCCGCGAGGACUUUGACAUCCGCCGCGCCGUCGUUGACGCAAGCGAGUGUGGGAAAGUUGUUGCUCGCGAGGAGGACGGAGGUGCCUUUGGCGGAAUCGGCGAUCGCGGAUGACCACGACAACGACGACGACGACGACGACGCUUCGGUCUAUUCGGUCGACGAGAGUGUCAUUGCAGAGAGACCAGUUUACCAGAGUAACAGCGCGAGGGUGAUGCCGACGUUGGCGGGGGCGAGGUACACGAGGCCGGCCGUCGAUCCGAAGCCGCUCUCGUCGGAUCCGAAGCGACUUUCGGCAAUGCUUAGAAGGCCGAGCUUGCCGCAGCUCAAGGAAUGA